GCCGCACAGGGAUUUUCUCCCCACUUCUCGCGGGCACAGGGAGAUCGCGCGAGACUUCCACCUAGUCCUCUCGCACUUUCGCGAGAGCGUCCGUUGGAGCGGGCGGAUCAGUUCUCGCGAGAGGUGAAGCGACAGGCCUUUGUUAACAUCCGGAGCCACCGGCGAUGAACGGUGCCGAGGCGGAUUCCGGCAGCUACAAGCAGCGCUACCUGGCCCUGAAGCGGUGCCUGAGGCUGCUGAUCUACGAGCAGGAGUGUUUCCAGGAGGAGCUUCGCAAGGGCCAGAGGAAGCUGCUGAAGGUGUCGCGGGAUAAAAGCUUCCUUCUGGAUCGGCUGCUGCAGCAUGAACACAUGGACAAGGAAUCGUCAGACUCAGAGGCCACAGUCUCCUCGGAGAACAGUGACGGGGAGGGGCCACAGCCACUGAAGAGGAAGCGGAGCCCCCAGCUUGGCGAAGCCUCGUCCCCAUCGUCCUCUGGCCUCUCUCUCCGGGCGAACUCGGGCUUUCCCCUGCAGGGCUUGGGGGCGCCCUCCCCCUACCUAAGCUUGCUGGCCUCCCCCUGCUCCAGCCCAUUCCCCUCUGAGUACCUGGUGCCAGAGCCCUUUGCUCCCCGCCCCGAACGUGCCCGCCCCAAGCGAUGGGCCACCCGCAAGCUAAAGAUGUCCCUGACACCGGCCACCCAUCCUGACUGCUCAGUGGUGGGGGGUUUCCCUUUCUCCUUGCCUCAGGGGGGCCCCUUGACCCCCCUCUCCUCCAAGCUCCCACAACCUACCAUCCUCAGCACUGUGCCCCAGCAAGAGGCCCCCCCAGUUUAAUUCACAUCCAUUCCAGUUGCAUUAACAGGCUCCAGACAUGCAAAUUAACCAAAUAAACAGGAUUUUGGUAUAAAAAAAA